AUGGAUGGAGUACUAAGAAGUGAUGUGAAGGUGGAUGUAAGUACAAGGAGGGUAAGGUGUUAUGAUUUGCUUCUUCGGAUUCUGGGGUUGGCCUUGACAAUGGUGGCUGCAAUUGUGGCUGGUGUUAAUAAAGAGACUGAGACCAUUCCUGUCACUCUUGUGGACGGCAUGCCUCCUUUGCGUGUCCCGGUAACUGCUAAGUGGCAGCAAAUGUCAUCUACUGUAUACUUUGUCACGUCCAAUGCUAUAGCAUGUGCAUACUCAGCGAUAUCAUUGGUACUCCUUUUGGCGACGAGGAAUAGGAAAAACAAUGUUGCAUUGGCACUUCUUAUGUUGGACCUCAUCAUGGUGGCGCUGCUCUUCUCCGCCAACGGGGCAGCAGCGGGAAUCGGAAUCAUCGCACUUAAUGGGAACUCACACGUCCAGUGGCACAAGGUGUGCAAUGUUUUUCCCAAUUACUGCCGCCGUGGUGCAGCUUCCAUCGUGAUGUCUAUGCUUGGAUCCGUGGUCUUUCUUUGGCUGGUGGUGCUUGCUGCUUUAGACCUUCACAGAAAAUCUAGGUGAAGUAGAAUUAGGGGGUGGUCUAAUAAGCAGUUUUUUCACUGCACUGGUGGUGGUCUUUAUUAAAUCAAUCGUAUGGCUAUUGGACUAGCUGUUAAUGCUUAGUUGUGCUUGUGCUUGUGCUUGUUUACUAGCUACAUUUGUACCCAAACAAUUAUAUAAAUCUUGCAUUGAUGUGCUAAUAUUGUAGCAAACUUUGCUACAGACACACAAACCGCGUACAUGAGCACAUAGACAAACACAGAUUAUUUUCAUGAUCUUUAUUGCGUAACAUUUUGAACUCACCUUAAAGGAGGAAAGAGUAAAUGGAAAGCCAAACCAUCCCAAUCAUGUUCUUGGAAUUGGCAGAAUUUGCUCAAGUUAAGGUCAGCCAUCAGACCUCACAUUUGCCAUAUAACUGGAAGAGGGGAGAGAACUCACCUGUGGCAAAACAACUGGCAUCCACUUGGUCCAUUGGUACUAAAUUGGAGCACAAAUAUCAUAGUGGCCCCACACCUACCAGCCAAUGCCAAAGUAAAUUGCAUUGUUGACAACAAUCAAUGGUAUUGGCCUUCUAUUGGUUCACUGAGCUAAUGGAAAUUUCUUAGUUCAUGCCCAACUAUUCACCUUCCUCACAGAGAGAUGAUUUAGUCAAACGGACGCCUGUAGCUAAUGGCCUCUUUUCUACCCCAUUAGCUUGGAAUAUUCUAAGGAUGCCUGCCCCUGUGGGCCUGGUAUCACCUCGUAUGGUAUGGUCAAUCUAUCCCCAGAAUGAGCUUAUACUCUGGUUAGCCAUCAGACUUCAGACUUAGCACAAGGGAUAGUACUCACAUGUUCAAUCACCAAGGUAGAGUGGAGUGCAUACUAUGCAGGCAAGCAGUAGUCGCACGUGCAUUUAUUCUUUGAAUGCCCAUUUUCCCAAACCUGUCUGGGCACAUAUCAUGAGGUUGUGUGGAGAGCAAUGGCAAGUCAGGCCUUGGCAAGAGAUGAUUACACAUGCGCUCAAGUCUGUGGAGAGGAAAAACCUUGCAAAUCGUGCUUCAAAAACUCAGUCUUGCUGUAACUGUUUACCACAUAUGGAUGGAGAGAAACUAUAGACUUCAUCAAAAUCUAUCAAGAAACCAGCUCUCCCUUCUUAAUUGCCCAGACCAUAAAAAAUAGAGUUGCUUCUCUUUAAUUCAAAUCUUCCCCCAUUAAUAUGAAGUUAGCUCAAGCAUGGCAGCUACCCACCAAUUGCUUGGAGUAAUUGGCUGAUGGAAACCAGAAAGAUCCCCCUCAGUUUGGUUUGUUUUUGAUUGGCAUCAUGUACUCAAUGGUAUAGUGUUAUCAGCGCUCUUUUAUCAUAGAAUUUCGAGGGAAGUGAUGAUACACAAAAUCGGUUUGCACACCACUAGUCAAUUAAGUAACAUGAAAUGAAGUAAAGUAGAGAGAAAGAAAUAGAAGACAAGGUUUAUAGUGGUUCGGCCGUAGCCUACGUCCACUUUGAAUGACUAGGUUUGCCGAAAUUUUAUU